UGACGAUGUCCGCUCGCGCCACCCUGCUGAACUUUGCCAAGCGGGCCGCCAAGGCUCCCGUGCGGGUGACCCGCCGCAACAUGUCCGGCGGCGGCACCAUCGAGGAGGAGAGAGCUCACAUGGAGAAGUGGAGGGGCGUCACCUUCCUCGCCGUGCCCGGGUGCAUCGGCCUCGGCGUCUACCUGUUCUCCAACCACCACGAGCACCACGCGCACGAGCAGCCGGCGUACUCCUACAUGCGCAGGAGGCUCAAGCAGCUCCCGUGGGGCGGCGACUGCGCGCUCUUCGAGUACGGGAAGUGCCAGGAGAACUGAUCGUCCCUCCAACGUUGUAGUAGCAAUUUGUAACACACACAUCUCAAUCACCAACU